UCAUGAAGUGUGUGUGUGAGUAUGUGAUAACCUUGGAACUUCGGAGCACCACCAUCUCUCUUCUCGAACGCGAGUUGGCGACUGUGUAGUAAAAAUGUCAGACAACGAAGAAGACCAUGCAACAGAGUAUACGAAUGGAGAUUCGCCUCCGAAGGUGAAACAGAGGUUCACAGAUAGAUCUAAGGAGAUACUGUCCAAACAAAAGCAACUGCUUUCAAAACAGGCGGUUAAGAUCGCCAAACAGGCUGAAGAACAUGAAAGGUUCAUCAACAAGGUGACGCAUCUUUUGGGGGUCCUUGGCUUUGGUGGGUUUUGCUUCAUCUUGGGGGCAAGACCCCAAGACACUCCCUAUGUAUAUUGUUUGUUCUACUUCACCUUUGUUCCUCUUCGUUGGAUAUACUAUAGGUUCUUGAAAUGGCAUUACUAUCUACUGGAUUUUUGUUAUUAUGCCAAUACAAUCUUCUUGGUUGGUCUUCUUUUUUAUCCGAGGAACGAGAAGCUUUUCAUGGUUUGCUUUUCUUUUGCUGAGGGGCCAUUGGCAUGGGCUUUGAUUGUUUGGCGCUGCGGCUUGGUUUUCAGCUCUCUUGACAAAAUUGUCAGUGUUCUUAUCCAUCUUUUACCUGGAAUAGUUUUCUUUACCAUUCGGUGGUGGAAUCCUGCAACCUUCGAAGCCAUGCAUCCAGAGGAAUCUGCUCGACGAGCUACAUGGCCUUAUGUUGAAGAUAAAUCAUAUCUCUGGACAUGGCUGUUUCUGGUACCCUUGGUAGUUUACAGUCUGUGGCAGGUCCUAUACUUCCUCAUUGUCAACGUCUUACGCCGGCAAAGGUUUUUAAGAGAUCCUGAAGUCAUGACUUCCUACAAGGAACUCUCGAAAAAAGCUCAGAAAGCAAACAAUAUAUGGUGGCGCUUAAGUGGGCUGCUUGGAGAUCAAAAUCGCAUGUUAAUGUACAUUUUUCUUCAGGGCGUAUUUACAGUGGCAACCAUGGCACUCACUGUCCCUAUAUUUUUGUCAUAUGAAUUGCAUGUAGUUUUCCAAAUACUCAAGGUUUCUGCGUCAGUAUGGAACGGAGGAAGCUUUCUUUUAGAAGUAAUGCCUAGGCAGGCAAUUCUCAAGGAGAAAAAGAAAUCAGAGAUGCAACCUGCCCAAGGUCAAUUAGAUCAAUCAUCCAUUGUGAUGGAAAAUCGUAGGAAGUUCAACAAUGCUGUUGGGACGGAAAAUGGAAUGAAGUUCAACAAUGCUGUGGGGACGGAAAAUGGUAUGAAGUUCAACAAUGCUGUUGGGACAUCCGACUCCUGAUUUACUGAACUAAUAAUAUCAAUGUCCUUUGUUGAGGUUGUAGUUGUAUUUGUGUCACUGAUAGGAUUUUGCAAAAUAAACGUGAUUUUGCAAAAGGAUUUUAUGCUUGGUUGUCUCAAACCAAUAAUUACUUAUAAUUUUAUAGUACUUUUUUCAAAAAAAAUAAUCAAUUAACUUGAAAUUUCUUUGGUGA